AUGGCAGGAGUGGAAGAGAGGGUAUCCCUACAAGACCUCAAGAAGAAAAUGGCUGACUUUGCAAAGGAAAGAGACUGGGACCAGUUUCAUAGUCCUAGAAAUCUCCUUUUGGCCCUGGUGGGAGAGGUAGGUGAAUUGUCUGAGAUAUUUCAAUGGAAAGGAGAGGUUCCAAGAGGGCUCCCUGAUUGGAAAGGUGAAGAAAAAGAGCACCUUGGAGAGGAGUUAUCAGAUGUGUUGCUGUAUCUUGUUAGGCUCUCUGAUGUAUGCGGUGUUGAUCUUGGUAAAGCUGCCAUGAGAAAGCUGGAGAUCAAUGCCAUCAAGUACCCUGUUCAGCUCUGUAAGGGCACCUCAGAAAAAAAACUGCCAAUCAACGCAGGCAACAAUGCUAGUGGUGAUGGUGUUACAGGGAGCAUUUAUAGCAACAGCAGCACAAGUAACAGUAAUGGUGUCUGAUGUUCUGAGAUGAUGUCCUCUCUGACUUUCGUAGCAGGCCUCCCGUCUGAGGUUUAGUAUACACUAGCUAGUAGCCUAGUGCUGGUCUUUUUCUCUUUUUGUUUGAUAGUGUUAUGUAGCAGUACAUUAAUCUACCACCAUUACAUAUAUACUGUAUUUUCAUUAGGGAAUAA